AUGGCAUCACCAACAUUUGAUCAAACACAAUUUCAAACACCAAUUAAAAAAUGUCCAAUAUCAUCAUCACCAAGUUCUCCAUCAUCUAUUUCAACAACAUCAACAGAUCCUAAACAACGUUCAAUAACCGGUAGUAGUAGUAAUAAUACUAAUGAUGAAACAAUUACAACAAUUAAAAUGGAAGAUGGAACAGAUGAAAUUAAAAUAUUUUCAGCAUCGACAAUAAAAAAAAAUGACCCUGAUGAUGAUAUUGAUGUCGAUGGAAUUGAGGAUCGUCUUUCACCAGUUAUUGAAACACCAACAAGUCCUGAUAAAAAAUGA